UGUAGAAGAGUUCCCGAGGGCGCCGUGCUUUCUUCUGUAUGGUAAAAUGGAUAAUUUUGAAGAGGACUUAACUUGUUCCAUAUGUUAUUCUAUCUUCGAAGAUCCUCGUGUGCUGCCUUGUUCUCACACUUUUUGCAGAUCUUGUUUGGAGAAUAUAAUUCAGGAAUCAAGAAAUUUAUCUCUUUGGUAUCCACAAAUCCCACUGAAAUGUCCAACUUGUAGAAGUACUGUGGAUCUUCCUCCAGUGGGCACUGGCUCUUUACCCAUAAACUUUUCACUGAUGGGAAUCAUAGAUAAAUAUCAAAAAGAAGAACAGUCAAAGACACCUAACUGUCCUGAGCACAAUCAGCCAUUAAACAUGUUCUGUCUGUUAGACCGUAAAUUGGUGUGCGGUUAUUGUUUAACAGUGGGCCAACAUCAAAAGCAUUCUGUUGAUGAUCUCCAGAAUGCUUAUGUUAAAGAGAAGGAGAAAGCUAGCGAACUUGUUGACCAGCUAACUGAUGAACGCUGGGCAGAAUUAUCCAUUUUCAUUGAAAAAUUGGAGCAUCAGAAACUGCAAGCGGAACACAUCAUUCAAGGCGAAAAAGAAAUUGUCAUUCAGUAUUUUGAGAAUCUUCAAAAAAAUAUAGAAGCCAAAAAGCUUGAUCUUCUGGCAAUUUUAAAUGAUGUUAAUUUAAAAAUCACUAAUGAAUAUGGCCCAGUAAUACAGAAAAUGAAAAAGUUGAGGGAAGAACAGCACAACCUUAUAACAUCUAGCACAUCUGUAGAAGAAGAGGACCCCUUGUUGUACCUUGAGAAAAUUCACAUAUUACGGCAGAAGACAAGUACAUUAAUGAAAACAGAGCUUCCAGUUGUCCACCCAGUGAAUAUACAUCCACAAGCAGAACAAUUUCUUACUGAUAAAUGGUCAAAGGUCACAGUUGGCCACAUUACAGAAGCACCAAUUCUGCAAGCAAAGCAUUUAUUUGAAACUCAAUGGAAUAAACGUAUUGCUAUGUAUGUUAAGCACACAAAAGUAUUUGCUCAAAGAUUUGUGAUCACAGUUGUGCUUUCAUCCCUGAUAUUUUUCUUAACCCAAAUCUCUCAGAACAUUUUCAAGAGUUACUGUGUUGAUGCCUUAAAUGCUGCAGUUGUCAGUUUCCCACAGCUGAACACAUUAAGUGAUAUCAUACUAGAAAUUUUUGCCAGGGUUUGUUUUUUGAAGGCUACCAUACAACAUUCUGUACAACUACUCAUUAAUUACUUUGCAAAUAUAACAGAUUUUCAUCUAUAAUUUAUGAAGUGAAUAUACUUAGUGAAUUUUCAUGAGGAAAACAAACUGAGGGGUGAGUUUUAGCUCUUACUUUUUAAAAAUAACUAUAGCUUAAUAAGGUACAAUGCAGUGAAGUUUUCUUUUAAAAAGAGGAAAUAAAUCUUACAUUUUUAAAUAUUUUAGGUAAAAAUAACCCCGUGUAUUUUUUACCCCUAACCAUUUUAAAGUUCUUUUAUGUAAUGAGACAUUAUAAAGGGAAAAAAAAACAAAACUGUGGACAUUUUGCAGGAUGAAACAAAAUAAAAGGGGUGGAAAAGGGAUUUUUUUUCCCCUGCCCUAUACUUGUACUACUCAGACUACUUUUAAAAGUUUAUGACAUUGCUACAUUGCCUUAUUUGAGUAUUUACAAGAGCAAAUUUUUAAAAUCAAAAAUCUCAAUUUUAAAAUAAUCAGUACUUCAUCAGAACCAUUAACUUUGAGAUAUAGAAUUUAAAUCCUAAUUAUGACUAAAAAUGAAGCAUCAAUUUGUGUGGGAAUGAAACAUUCCUGGGGAGUGGCAUGUGGUGAAAACCAGUGUAGAAGAGUGCUUGAAAGCAGAUUACAUUUUUUGAAACUCUUUUGGGCUCAUGACUAUUUAGAUGUCUAUACAUGGUUUUCCCUCUGAAUUAUGAAGUUUCUGGUUGGGGCAAUAGGAAAGGAAAUAACUAAAGGUAUAAUGUAAUUAAACUGGGAUAGAGAUGUAGUGAUAUAGAGUGCAUAGGUAAUAAUCAGAAUUUUACUUGUGAUGACUAAUGAGUACAAAUAAUGACAAUUCAUAUUGAUUUAAAAUUUGUUGCUUACAAUACUUAUAAAAAGUCAAACCCUUGUAUGGAAGGUUAUGCAUAUAUUUUAGAACUGUAUCAUCUCCUGUACUGAGUGUUUAUAAUUUUUUUCUGUAAUGACAUUGAGAGACAUUAGCAACUUAAUAUUUAAAUGUAAUUGUGUACA